ACAAAAUUAAAUGCAAACUCGCCAGUCCGGCAGUGGUGUUUGUGCGCACCUACUCAACUAUGAGCCCACCUUUGACUGCAUCUUCAGCGGGAACCAAGGUACACCUAGAACAUCAAUACCACCGGCGCACUGGACAGCCACCGCCAAUCCACUACCACGGGCUUCCGGCUCUUUUAGAAAUUCCCGAGCGAGAGGGACAAAGGCGGUGAACGUACCUUCCCCUCGCUGCUGCAGAGGCCUGGCUCCUCCUGGCACCUGCCCGGCCCGGCCGGAGCGGCACGGGGCUCGGCAGGCCCAGGUAGCCCCUCCCCGCCGCCGGCCCCGCCCCGCGGGGGAUGGAGGGGCCGCGGCCGGGCGGGCGCUGCGAGAGGAAGCGGCUCCCGGGCGGCGACGGGGGGGGUCACGAACUCUGACCUGUCACAGGGCACGGCACACACAACAAAACACCCCCGACCCCAACACAGCCCUGGCCCCCUCCCCUCCGCGGGCCCCACAGCCCCUAGCCGCCCCCGCGGGGGGAGGGAGGGCCGCUGCUGGGCACCGGCCUGCCCGGGCCCGGUCGGGUCACCGCCACUGCACCUUUGGCGCCCAUUCCUGAGGUUCUCUAAUGGUCUUGUUUCACCAUGGCAACCAAUAUGGAGGUGCUGGCUCAGCAGGUAGUGGAGACUCAGCAGGUGGCUGAGGUGCCGACUGUUCAGACUCCACUAUCUGAAUCUCCAGUGAUGACCAGCCCUUCACAGCGUAUCCAGAUAAUUUCCACAGACUCCUCUGUAGCUUCACCACAACGCAUUCAGAUUGUGACAGAUCAGCAAACAGGUCAGAAAAUUCAAAUAGUGACAGCAGUGGAUUCAGCUGUGUCUCCAAAGCAACAGUUCAUUUUAGCUAGUCCAGAUGGAACUGGUGCAGGAAAGGUGAUCUUGGCAGCACCUGAGACAUCUAAUGCCAAGCAGCUUAUCUUUACCACCACAGACAACAUUGUGCCAGGCAGAAUUCAGAUAGUGACAGACACUGCUUCAGUGGAACGUCUGCUAGGAAAAACUGAUGUUCAGCGGCCCCAGGUAGUAGAAUAUUGUGUAGUCUGUGGUGAUAAAGCAUCAGGUCGUCACUAUGGUGCUGUCAGUUGUGAGGGAUGCAAAGGCUUCUUUAAAAGGAGUGUAAGGAAGAAUUUGACCUACAGUUGCCGUAGCAACCAGGACUGUAUCAUCAAUAAACACCAUCGGAAUCGAUGCCAGUUUUGUAGGCUUAAGAAAUGUCUAGAGAUGGGCAUGAAAAUGGAAUCGGUUCAGAGUGAAAGAAAGCCUUUUGAUGUGCAACGUGAAAAACCAACCAACUGUGCAGCUUCUACAGAAAAAAUCUAUAUAAGAAAAGAUCUUCGCCCUCUAAUAGCAACUCCAACAUUUGUGGCAGAUAAAGAUGGGACACGGUCGGCUGGUCUUCUUGAUCCGGGAAUGCUCGUGAAUAUUCAACAGCCUUUGAUCAGGGAUGAUGGUACAGUCCUCCUAGCUGCUGAUUCCAAGGCUGAAACAAGCCAAGGUGCCUUAGGAACACUAGCAAAUGUUGUAACAUCUCUUGCUAAUCUCAGUGAGUCGCUAAAUAAUGGAGAUACUUCUGAAGUUCAACAAGAAGAGCAAUCUGCAAGUGAGAUUACACGGGCAUUUGAUACUUUGGCUAAAGCACUUAGUUCCACAGAUGGUACAACAGCUCAUGACUUGGCAGAUGGCAUGGAUCCUACAGGAGGAGGGAAUAUUCACGUAAUCAGUAGAGAUCAGUCGACACCAAUUAUUGAAGUGGAAGGACCCCUACUUACAGAUACACAUGUCACAUUUAAGCUGACAAUGCCCAGUCCGAUGCCAGAGUACCUUAAUGUACACUACAUCUGUGAGUCAGCAUCACGACUCCUUUUCCUCUCUAUGCACUGGGCUAGGUCCAUACCUGCAUUUCAAGCUCUUGGGCAGGACUGUAACACCAGCCUGGUGCGUGCCUGCUGGAACGAGCUGUUCACCUUAGGCCUGGCCCAGUGUGCCCAGGUGAUGAGUCUGUCCACUAUCCUGGGAGCCAUUGUCAACCACCUGCAGAACAGCAUCCAGGAAGAUAAACUUUCUGGAGACAGAAUAAAGCAAGUCAUGGAACACAUCUGGAAACUUCAGGAGUUCUGUAACAGCAUGGCCAAGCUUGAUAUUGAUGGAUAUGAAUAUGCAUACCUUAAAGCUAUAGUCCUUUUUAGCCCUGAUCACCCUGGUCUGACCAGUUCAACCCAAAUAGAAAAAUUCCAGGAGAAGGCACAGAUGGAAUUGCAGGACUAUGUACAAAAAACCUAUCCAGAAGAUACUUAUAGGCUAGCCCGGAUCCUAGUUCGCCUGCCAGCACUCAGGCUGAUGAGCUCUAGCAUCACCGAGGAACUGUUUUUCACAGGUCUCAUUGGAAAUGUUCCCAUUGACAGCAUAAUCCCCUACAUUCUCAAAAUGGAAACAGCAGAAUAUAAUGGUCAAAUAACUGGCACAUCUGCAUAGAGGGAACAAUACAAUUUGAGGGAUUGAAGUAAUUUUCACAAAAACCAUAUAAUUACAAAGUUAAAAGAGUAGUGUUUUCAGUAUGUGCAGGUAAUUCCAACUUGUUAUCAGUUUCCUGACAGACUUCUCCUUGUCUUUUUCUGAUGCUGACAAAAUUUAAAGCAACUAUUAAAAGACCUGCUAUAGGACCUUUCCUGCUACAAGGAAUGUUUUUGAUGCCUUUCAUUUAAAAGGCCGUAGGUUACUGAACAUACUUUUCACAUGCUUUUUAUUUAGAAACUAUCAGUGGUUAAAACGAGUUUAUAAUAUCAGAGUAGUAAUGAAAUUACUUUAAAAAGAGCAGUAUGUAUAUAUUUUAAAAUAUCCUUGGAAUGAAUGUCUAGCAAAUGCCAGGGUAUAAUACUAGCACUUUGUAAUCACUUCUUGUCAGAGCAACAGCAUCAUCGACAUCCUGCUUAUGAGUAUGGAAAAAAUGCAUAUGUCCUUAAUCAAAAUGCUAGUGAUUUUUGUAAAAAUGUAGAAUGCUAAAGGAGACAAUCAUUUAAUCUACAGAAAGUCACUUGCUGUUAUGUUAUGCAUGAAAUAUUAGUGUGGAUUCUUAAAUCAGAUAUCCACAUUAUAUGAAACUGUAUCUGUUAAAUUAGUGCAGUUGCAAUACACAGUACAGUGCAGUCAUAGUUACUAUUAUGUACUACAAGAGUUCCCCACAUUAGAGAAAAAAAUUGUCACGAUAAUGAUUAAAUAUGCAGGUUCCUUAAAGUGUCUAUUCAGACAAACACAAUCAUGACAAAUGUUAUUCUAAGAAGCCUUUUGACUUUGGGGCAAAUCAGUCAUUAACUGGAAGAGCAGUAAUUUUCAAAUAGAGAUGUGUGAUGCACUUUGAGUAUGCUCUUGGUAUGCUCCAAAUUUACUCCUCCUCUCUGUGUUCUGAACACCCUCAUAACAUAGCUACAGGGUACAAUUUAAGACCUGAAAUGUACAGAACCUCUGGUUGUCAGCAGAGACAGAGAGAAAAGUUCUCUCACUCUAUUUCUCCCUCCCUCACUGAGUGCUCCCAUUUUUCCAGUGUUCUCAACUUGCCUGUCACUCAGUUUGAAACCAAAAUAUAGUUAGGAUUUACUCUCAUUCAUGUACAGUUGCAGCUGACGACUGAUACACUAUGGAGAUAUAAAAUGAGCUAUUUUUUAAUUGUCUCAAGUGAUGAGCCAUCAACAUGUUUGCUAGUAGUACUGGCCAUUAGCUGUUAGCAUAGGUCUCAUUUUAAUAUAAUUUAUUAUUAUGGCUGUUCAGUUUUUUAAAAUCAAAGAUUUUUUUAAAAAAUCAUAGCAAUUAAUACCUUCAUCUGAUUCUGGUUCAUUAGAUGCAUUAAUUAUUUUAAAUUUUUUUUUGUGUUAGAGGUGUUCUUACUUUCAUAGUUUUAUGUGACAAAACUUAUCUAAUGGUAACUUCAGCACUUUGGUUUUUCUUCUGUUAUUGUUAUUUUUUUAGAAACAUCAACUAGAUUGGUCUUUGUGACUUUUCAGAGUCUAAAUUGUAACCAAAAGACCUUGAGCCACUUUAGAUGAGGCUUCUAAAGUAAUAAAAAGACCUUGUAUACUUCAUACUUAUUAGAAAGCUGACAUUUGUAGCACUUACUGUGACACAAAAGACUAUUUAAUUUUAGCUUCUGUAUGCAUUAAAAUCUACAGUUACUAUUUUUAGCACAUUCAGAAUCUUCUUUUCUCAGAGGCUUUUACAGAGUCCACACCAACUAGCUUUUACUUGACAAACAUCAUUUCAACUUCCAGUUUUUCAAGUAAAAGGGCCCCAUAUUUUUGUGUGAAAAUUUGUAAUUUUUAUUACUCCUGAUCAUAACAAUUCAGGAAAUAAGAUAAAGGCAUUAUAGCUUUUUGGGAACAAAGGGAUCACGUGAAAUAUAACAUAAAAUGUAUGUCUUGCAUUACAUAUGUAAAUUGAAACAAUAAAUAUCAUGCAGCUCUGUUUACAAAUAAACUACACUCCCCACAAAUGCAAGGCCACAUAAUGAUAUCCUUGCUCAAACCCUGGUAGUUAUUUACUCUGCAAAUGGUUAUUAAAGAGCUUAUUACGGGUAAAAUAUUAAUUUCUAUAAAUUGAGUAACAACCAUGCAAUCCAUAGUUGUGCAUGCAUUUAAUGAAAUGAAGCAGUUCCAUCCUUUAGAUUUGUAUAUUACCACCUAAAAGCUAUAAAGCCCUCUCUGUGUAGCAUCAUUAGCCUGAUUUGCUGGCUUGCAGAGCUCAGAACCAGAAUACUUAGUUCUGAUGCCAUUGACAAAAACUACUCUAACUAUACAGUAUUUUGAUUCCAAGACUAACAUUUUGGAUUGUAGAAAUUUGAACAUACGUGGAGGCCUGGGCUAUUUCCUCCCCAGGGAAAGGACUUUGUGCUUUCCCUCUUAGAACUUCACAAGGUUCCUGUUGGCCGGUUUUGCAGGCCUGUCCCAAUCCCUCUCAGUGGCAGCAGGAGUCUGUGAUGCACACAGUGCAGCUGCUUUGCACUGUCUCUGCACAAAGUAGUGCAACACCAACAUAGUUCUUGGAAUUUCUGAGGUUUGUUCCGUUCCUCCUGCAAUGACUGGAAGAUGGUAACAGGCUAAUCUUAGUAGCUUUACUGUUAAAUUAGUUUCCAUUUUUUUUUCUCCUUCCCAAGUGGAAACUUUUCCAUAUGAAUAUGAGACAGGAAAGUUUUUUUAUUACUGUAACAAUUAUUGAAGGACUAUUUAUUUAGUAUUAAAUAUUGAAAUAGCUUGUUUUCAUAGAGGUGAAAUUUAAAUGCCAAAUUUGUUUUUACAGAACUUAGAGUCAAAGUAUCACAGUCACAAAGUGAUUCUAAGAAAAGUUCAUCUCACUGAAGCUCUACUUAGUGCCAAAAUUUAUUCUCUUCAGAAUUUCUGAGGGCCUAUUUCUGCUGCUCUUGAAAUGAAAAUAUUUUAACUUGGCAGAAAUUAUCUGAUUAGAUUUAUCUGAACCUGAGCAAAUGUAUAAUUAUCACAAUUCAUUCAGACAAAUGUUAGAAUUCUGUGCUGACUGAGACUGGGGCAUGAUAAUGAAGCAAUGCAGAAAGUGCUAAUGAGGCAGUAAUGUCCAUUGAGCUUCAUUUGUUUUCCAACUCUUACGCAAAGGAACUGGAUUGAAUUUUGUAGAUAAAAAGCAUUUGGGACUAGCUUUGUUGUAAUGUUUAUAAUUGCAUUUGUGACAAAUGUAGGAAGGUAUACUCUUCCCUUUAUUUACUUAUAUUGAACUAUAGUCAGAACUAAAAUCAUGUGCAAAAGUAAUCUCUCUCUGCCUAUUUACUUUGCUUAUAAAUUAGCUGCAAUGCUUUGGUGUCUGUGGAGUUACUCUGGGAUGAAGCUGGUAGAAGAGGAAAAAAAUUAUGUCCAAGGAGAGAUCCUUCUAAGAAGUCUUUACAAGGCUUUCUUUUAGCUGCCUUAAAAUGUUAGAUUAUUAAGAAGGCUUAGUUUACAUAGCAGUCUGGGGCAAGAAACUAUUGUUGCUGUCCACUGAUAAGCUGGUGUCAUUUGCCAAGCCUCCUUUCAGCCCUUGGCGGUGCCUGUGGCGGGAGCUCUGGCUGCAGGUCUGUGUGCAGGAUCCAGCCGCCCUGCAUCGUGUUACCGUUCCUGUGGCACAGGGUGCCUUCCGAGGCUGUGUUACAGAAACAGUGGCAUGCCUGAAGCUCCCAAGGAAAUCAGUUUCCUGACUCUUGUUUCUCCUGUGCAGAGACUGUAAAACACUUGUGUGGGUUUUUAAUUGUUCUGUAUAGUACACAGGACUCACAGAUUCCUGAGUUAUUUCAUUCAGGAUACUGCAGGUGUCAGUAGGUUUUCCUGUCCGUUAAAGUUCAGACAGUACUUCAGAUUCUUUCAUUAUUACCUGCUAUUUAAUUAGCAAAAGGCAAUUUAAAAAAAAAAAUAGCACCAAAUAGCACGACUAGCAAAGGGUUUCAGAAAUACUGUUUAACCAGGAAGACAGAAGUGGAAGUGAAUGGGCUGAGGGUGGUGCCCAAGCAGUGACAAAGUAGCUUCCUGCACUAACAGCAUCAGUCAGGGCCCAGUUUGAAUCAGGUGGAGUGAGCAGAAGAAUUGCUAGGUCAGUCAGACACACUGGUGUACCAGCACAUAUCUACUGGAUGAUACCAUCCUGAAAAGAACAAAAAUGUUGAUUUUCUGUUUGAGAUCCCUUUCUGGUUACUUUUAAAUCAGGGGAGGUUGAAGUUUUCUUUCACCUACUCCAGAAGAGGAAAAGCAGAAAUGCCAGCAAACACAGGUGAAUUCCCACCUGGGGUUUGCCACACUGUCCAUACAGCAACAGAAGAGCUUUUGCAGUAGUUGAGUCUGCUGGCAAGCAUGGGCCAGCUGUGACAGCAGCAGACAACAAUUGCAGUCCUAACAUCUUCAACUGUCCAGGAGGGAUCAGCCAAAUGAGGGCAUGAUAACCCUAGAAAGGAGAGUGAGAGGCAGAGGAAGGACAAAUUGCCAGCAUCUACUGGUUCUUGAAUGAUUUGGAAAUUAGUUUAGAUACAGAUACCAACAGGGGAUGGCAAAGGAGAGACAAUGAAAACAUUUACCUUUUGCACCUUUUAAUUCUAAAGUUGCUGAGUCAUUUUAACAGUAAAUACUCCUGAAUUAAGUUCAGGCUUAUUGUUUCAUGCCAUUAACCCUUCUUGUUAGAUAAUGCUACAACCCUACUUCGGCUGCAAUCAGUAUUAUCAAUAUAUAGGAAAUUAUUUGUGAAAAAAAACAAAACAUUAUUUAUAUUGGAGUUAAAAGUUAAAGAAAAAUAUUUGUAAAGUUUAGAUGCUCUAAGUUUAAACAUUUAAAGUUUAGAUGUUUUUUUUAUUGUGAAGUCAUGCUAAGUUCAUUAUCGGUAACACUGUUGUAAUGUUUCAUAAUUCCCACAACCUGUUCAAUCCUCUGAGUUACAUGAAUGCUUUGAAAUUAGCAAUGGCUUAUUAUUGUUAAAUUCCUACCUGCCUUCUUUCUUUUUAAAGGGUUUGAUAGAGUUGUACACAGCUAUUUUGUGCCUCCCACCAUUGUGCAUUUCUGCAUGUUCAGUUCUAGAAUUUACUUGAGCAGCUGCUGCAUAUGUACAUAGCUGUAUGUAUGUGUGUAUUAAUGUACAUGUUUAUACCUCUCUGUCUAAAUAUAUUCUGUACAGUGUAUAGAAAAUAUGUAGUGUAUGUAUAUAUGUACAGAUAUGGAGCCAUUAUUCAUCCGUUCCAUGUGCUAAAGUUUUUUAUUCAUUUGCUAAUCCAGAGCUUCCUAAUUUGGUGAAUCCUCACAAAUUUCAGAGCUUUGCACCUUUUUUCUAAACCAGUCGGAAUUUACUAUUUGCUGUUCAGAACUGACAAAUAUAUUCCAUUAAUUUUCUGGCUUUUACAUUAUUCUCUUUACCUUUUCUGAUUUGACCUAUAGAAGUCUGCCAGUCAAUACUUAAUUGAGCAUAUAAUGCCUGUUAAAAGUAAUGAAUAAAUAACUAUAGUCAUAAAAGAUAUUCCCCUGUUCAUUAUAUACUCAUUCUCUUCCAGCCUCCUGAGAUACUUUUGUAAAGUUUAUUUUUUUGUGCAGCUUGGUAAGAGAUUCAUCUUCUGCUUUUAAGUGUUCAUCUGCGGUGAACUGAAAGUAAACCAAGUUGCCAUUUAUCACUGAAGUGCAGCACACAGAACAGGAGGUAACGGAUGCUGUUUAAUAAAUCAAUAUUCAUAUUGUCAUGGUGAUCACAUGAAACCAACCUGUGAGUUAGAGACUGUGUGCUCUGUUCAGCAAAACAGCAGCUCAGGUACAAUGGUAAUUAAAUAGUAGGGACAUUGCAGGUACUUUAUUUCUUAGCAAGCAUCAAGACAUCUUCAGGAUUUUCACAAUGCAGUUCAAUUAUAUAUUCACUUUCCAAAGUUUUUCUCUUUAUUUUCCAGCCUAAACUGAACACAGCUACUUGCUUGAUUUAGUUGUCAGACUAAUGUCCCUUUCCACAUUCUGUCCCUUCCCGGGUCUGGAAUCUGUGCAGCUCCUGCACUGCCUGUGACAGUCCCACUGUCUGUGUGGGACCUGAGCACACAGUUAGGAAGUGAGAUGUGGAGUAAGACAAUUUCUUAUUCAUAAUGAAGAUUCAAACAUUUACAUGAUCAAAGUGUAAACGGUCUUGGUUUCUCUCCCUUCUGAUGAAGUUAAAAAGGAAGCCUUCCAUAAAGAAAAUGUUAACUGUGGGUUUUUAUAAAAGCAUUUCACAGACCAUGCAGGGCAGUAGUUCAGCAAGUCUUGUUUCUGUCAUUAAAAAGAUGAAGUAGAAUUUUUCACCUUUUGUUUUGCUCACUGCAGCAAAGACUUGUGUAUAUUUAAUCAGAUAAUAAGACAUCAAUCAAAAUAAUGUGAACUUCAUGCAUGCUUAAAGUGAACCACAGGUCUGAGGAAAGUUUGGAAAGUUUGCUAUGGAAAAUGCUGAGAAUGUUCUCUUUCUUGGUGUAUUGUUUAUUGAGCAUUUGUAAGCUUUUAUUUCAAAUACAGGAAUAAACCUGUAGCAUUUCAAAACCUUAUUUCUGCAAUUUUCAGCAGGAAAAAUUUUUAAAUUAAUGUCAGGAAUUUCUGUGACAGACUUGGUGUCUGGACAAUUGGUGCUGUUUGAACAUUUGCUUUCCACUUUAAAGGAAACCUCUUUAAAGGUGAAUGGAAACCUGAAAGUCUGUUAAAGUCACUGUACUGCAGGAACAGUUUUAAAGUUUAGGAAGUCAAUUGGGGCAUUAAUCAAGAUGGAAUCUACUUAAAAAUUCAACUGUGAAUUCAGAAAAA